GCCAGCCCCAGCCCCAACCUACCUGCCAGGUAGCACUGUCUGCUCUCCAGUCAGGAUGUCAGGUCCAACGUCCGAGACUCAGUUACAGAGGAACAGCAGCCAGACCCCUUCCCCGGGUCUUAUCCAUAGACUUGACCAUGUUGUGAUGACCGUAAGGAGCAUUGAAGACACUAUCACGUUCUAUUCCAAGAUCCUGGGCAUGGAGGUCACUACCUUCAAGGGAGACCGGAAGGCAUUGUGUUUUGGAGAUCAAAAAUUUAACUUACAUGAGGUGGGAAAGGAAUUUGAACCCAAAGCAGCUCACCCAAUUCCGGGCUCCCUGGAUCUUUGUCUGAUCACAGAAGCACCUUUGGAGGAGGUGAUCCGACGCCUCAAGGCUUUCGAUAUCCCCAUUGAGGAGGGCCCAGUCCCCAGAACAGGAGCAAAAGGGCCAAUUAUGUCCAUCUACUUCCGCGAUCCUGACAGAAAUCUCAUUGAGGUGUCCAACUAUGUCACCUCAUGAUUGACACCGACCUUCCUUCAUUCUGUUCCACAAGAUGUCAUCUUAUCCCUCAUUUCCUGCAAAUCCCAGAGACCUCCAAGAACUGAGAAGGUUGGCACAUCACCGAUCCUGCAAAGGAGACCUAAGACAGGUUUAUGUCCAAACUUUUGUGUAUAGAGCGCCUCCACCUAAAGCUACUCCAAUAAAUGAUUACUCUC